UAAAAUAAUUUUGCAGUCAGACUUUAAUAUGCAUUUCAGGAAUUUAUCAAAACUUGGUGUUUUCUGCGCAUUGUAUGAAUUCCACUUUUACAUAUAAACUCAUUAGUGACUGAUAUUUGCCUACGUUUGGCAAACUAAGGAUAACUAUUGUAUGCUAUAGAAAGCAACACAAUCUCAAGUUUAUAAAGUUAUUUCAUCUGUGUUUGUGAUGUUUGCUUUGCCCGACUUGGUUUAAUCUCGUGUACUCACAAGACUCUGGUCCUAUUUGCAAAGUUAGCUUCACCAGAUAUAUUGCCCUUUCCUUUUCUAUUUGGGGGUCUGAAGACUUGACCCCAGUCAGUUGAUCUCAUAAUUUUAUUUUAAAUGGGAGUUGAGUUUUGUUACUCCGAAUAUUCUGUCUGCUAUCCCCUAUCAGUUAGUUCAAGUCCACGACGGCAGAUCUGCAUCAUUAUUUUAUUAUUUUUUUCAUGCAAUCCGUUGUUCUGAUUUGCAUGUUUAACAUGACAGAUGGUUGGAACAUCAACAAGAAUGCCGCCAAUCCAACGCUUAGUUGAGAUCAAAACUAUUGCUGAGCAAUUGCAUUUUAAGAUGUCAACGUUGUUGCUGCAUGGUGGAAAAGUUGUAGAAGCAAUUGUGUGGUUCCGCCAGCACACUGCUAAUUAUAGAAAACUUGAGGGAGCUCCUGAUGUUAUUUUUCAUCACUGGGAAUGGUUAAGCAGGCAACACUUAGUAUUUGCUCAACUGUUGGAGACAAGCUCAAGCGAUGUUCUGCAGGUUCCAAGUAUGGUCUCAGUUCCUGCAGAGAAACCAACUGAAUGGGAAUUUCAUCCAGCUUACUACUAUCAGCUAGCAGCUAGCUAUCUGAAGGAAAAGAAUUUAUCUUUGGAGUUUGCAAUAUCUAUGUCAGAAUAUGUUGGUCCAAUUGAUGUGAGUGCAGAGUCUGUGGUUGCUUCUGUCUAUUUUGGUCAGUUUGCCAGGUUACUUGAGCUAGAGGAUACUUACAUAAUGCAAUCCCUGACAGAUGAUGAAUAUGUUCGUUAUACACUUGCUGAAGGGAAGAGGCUCCAGGACUCCUCUGAAAUUAUUGCUCUGCUAAAGAGAUCUUUUGAAGCCUACAAUAACUUGAAAGCUGAGAGGAGAGCCGCGUAUUGUGGAUUUCAGAUGGCUAGAGAAUAUUUUUUGUCAAAUGAAUUUAGUAAUGCUAAGCAAAUAUUUGACAGUGUUGCUAGUCUUUAUCGACGAGAAGGCUGGUUAUUGCCAUUGUGGGAGAUCUUGGGUUAUUUAAGAGAGUGCUCGAUUGGUAUUAGUUCAGUGAAAGACUUCAUAGAAUAUUCACUUGAAAUGGCUGCACUGCCAGAAAUAAGUGAUGCUGUUGAGCUAUCAUCUAAAGAAUGUGGUCCAGCUGGGCCUGCAACUUUUUCACAGAGAGCAAAGAUACACAAGGAAGCGUUUGAGGUUGCGAGGGGGGAAUCAGAACUUCAUCUGAAAGAACAAAACAGUCACCUCAAAGUAAAUAGUGACUAUCCUCUUUAUGUUGAGAUUGAUCUUGUGAGUCCCCUAAGGGUGGUGCUUCUUGCUUUGGUUGCUUUUCACCAACCAAUAAUUAAGCCAGGUGCUCCGUCUCUCAUCACUAUAUCACUUCAAUCCCAAUUGCCAAUAAAUGUCGAGAUCGAUCAGUUGGAGGUGCAGUUUAAUCAAUCAGAAUGUAAUUUUAUCAUUGGGAAUGGUCAGAAGUCAAACACAGCUGCCAUUUCCCAUAUACAACCAGGUCGCAGAGUCGAGACAGCUCCCGCGCUGGUGCUUGCUUCUAACAAAUGGCUGAGGUUGACAUAUGAGAUAAAAUCUGAGCAAAGUGGAAAGCUUGAGUGCAUAUAUGUAAUUGCAAGAAUAGGACCAUACUUCACAAUAUGCUGCAGAGCCGAAAGUCCUGCUUCGAUGAACGAUUUACCACUUUGGAAAUUUGAGAACCUACUCGAAACUAGUCCUAUCGAGGAUCCUGGUCUGGCAUUGUCUGGACAGAAGGCUAUACAGGUUGAAGAACCGGACCCGCAAGUGGAUCUAAUCUUAGGUUCAUCUGGCCCUGCAUUGGUUGGAGAGAACUUUAUUUUGCCUGUGACAGUUGCUUCUAAAGGACAUCCAGUGCAUUCAGGUGAGCUAAAAAUUAAUCUGGUAGAUACAAGAGGCGGUGGUCUGCUUAGUCCAAGAGAAGAGGAACCAUUAUCUGCCGACAAUCUCCAUGUUGAGCUUGUUGACAUUUCUUGCCAUGCAACUAAAGAUCUAUCUGAAGCUCUUUCCGACAAUGUUCAGAAAAUCCAGCCGUCUUUCGGAUUGAUUUCUGUCCCAUUCUUAGAUGUGGGUGACUCAUGGUCCUGCAAGCUCAAGAUAAGGUGGAAUCGUCCGAAACCUAUUAUGCUUUAUGCCUCGUUAGGUUACUAUCCUCAGAGCGGUGAACCUAGUUUACAGAAAGUGCAUGUACAUAAAAGCUUGCAGAUUGAAGGCAAAACUGCUCUUACAAUCAACCAUCGGCACAUGCUUCCCUUUAGGCAGGAUCCCCUUUUGCUGUCAAAGAUCAAGUCAGUUUCUGAACCUGAUCUGAUACCACAAUCGCUAGCUUUAAAGGAAUUAAAUAUGCUUAUAAUUAGUGUCAAGAACAGUUCGGAGGUGCCACUUCGGCUGCUGUCUAUAUCAAUUGAAACGGAAGAGAAUAACGGUGCAUGCAUUGUACAGCCUCAGCAAGAGGAGUUCAGAAAACCCAUUGUUCAUGUGCCGGGAGAAGAAUUUAAGAAGGUUUUCGUCGUUGUUCCCAAUGUAAAUUGUACUAAACUGAAGAUAGGUACUGUUAGUCUGAGGUGGCAAAGGGAUGGGGAUCAAUUUGAUUCAUGUGAUAAUGUGUCCCAAGUCACAACGAAACACAGAAUUCCGGAUGUGAAUGUUGAACUGCCUCCAUUAGUUGUGAGAUUGGAAUGCGCGCCUCAUGCCAUUCUUGGAAAUCCGUUUGUAUAUUCUGUUAAGAUCCAUAACCAGACGGAGUUUCUUCAGGAUGUGAAAUGCUCGUUAUCUGAUUCGCAGAGUUUUGUGUCGUCUGGGCCCCACAGUGAUACGAUAUUUGUUCUGCCAAAUUCAGUUCAUGUUCUGAGUUACAUGCUUGUGCCGUUGGCAUUAGGGUCACUGCAGCUUCCUAGAGUAACUGUGACUUCAGUUAGAUACUCUGCUGGUUUACAACCCUCUACUGCAUCAUCAGUUGUCUUUGUCUAUCCCUCGAAGCCCCAUUUCAAGGCAGACGAUACUUGAUCGUCGUUCCUGUAAAGGGAAUUUGAAAUCCUCUAUACUAUUUUCGCAAACAAUUCUCGGGAAACAGCAUCAGCAUGGAAGAGACAUUCUGUAUAAUGUUAAUUGUGUAAGACAAUGUUUUAUCUAUUCACUUAUAUACUUGUAUGUGGUUGUGUUCCCAUAGAUAGAGCGAAGGGUAUGUGUUUUGUGAAAGAUGAAAUCCCUUUUUGUCUGUUCUGAUUUAUUAUAAACGGUACAAGAUAUGGUGGAACUGAAAACAUUUAAAUUUGAUGUAAUAACAAUGGAUUUUAUGUUUGUCCUA